UACUCAUUUCACCUCCAUUUUCUCCUUUUUUUUUAAUACACCUGAAAAGUCGAAAAUACCCCUAAUACCCUGAACCCCUUCCCUCCAUAAGUACCUGAACCUUCCUGCCUUCUUUCCAUUCUACAACUCAGUCACUCCCCACUAACAACACAACACCUCUUUCUCUCUCCUCUCUCAAAUUUUCUCUCUCUAAAAAAACAAAAACAAAACGAGUGGGAGAAAGAAAGAAAAAUGGCAAUGUUUAGUAACAUUAUUAACAUAAUUUCAGUAAUUGCAUUAUGGGUUUCAUUAACGUUGGUUGAUGCUAGAAUUCCUGGAAAUUACCAAGGUGGCUCUUGGCAAACUGCUCAUGCUACUUUCUAUGGUGGUGCUGAUGCUUCUGGCACCAUGGGGGGAGCAUGUGGUUAUGGGAACUUGUAUAGCCAAGGUUACGGUGUGAACACAGCAGCACUAAGCACAGCGUUGUUCAACAACGGUCUCAGUUGCGGAGCCUGCUUUGAAAUCAAGUGCGCCGAUGACCCUAGCUGGUGCCACCCCGGAAGCCCAUCUAUCCUCGUCACUGCUACUAAUUUCUGCCCGCCUAACUUCGCCCAAGCUAGCGACAACGGUGGCUGGUGUAACCCUCCUCGCCCUCACUUUGACCUCGCUAUGCCCAUGUUCCUUAAGCUGGCUCAAUACCGCGCCGGCAUUGUUCCUGUCUCUUACCGCAGGGUACCAUGCCGUAAGCGUGGAGGAAUCAGGUUCACUAUUAACGGGUUCCGUUACUUCAACUUGGUUUUGAUCACCAAUGUUGCUGGUGCAGGGGAUAUUGUGAGGACUUAUGUUAAAGGAUCAAGGACUAACUGGAUGCCAAUGAGCCGUAACUGGGGUCAAAACUGGCAAUCGAACUCGGUUUUGGUUGGACAGUCACUCUCCUUUAGGGUUGUAGCCAGUGACAGGAGAUCUUCCACUUCUUGGAACAUUGCUCCCGCUCAUUGGCAAUUUGGGCAAACUUUUACCGGCAAAAAUUUCAGGGUUUAAAAUAAUUUUACCCCUUUAACAACAAAAGAAGAAAGUUUCGAAUUUUCCGGCUUAGUUUAGUUUUUAUUUUGUUUUAUCUUAUCGUUUAAGAAAACCUUAUUUUAAUGGUUUUUUUCUUUUUUUUAAUCCCGACCUCGAAAUUGAGGUAAGUGGGGAUAAAAAGAGAAGAAUGAGAAAAUUUGGGUUUUUAAAAAGACUUUUCUCAAUGUAGGUUUCGGAGGGAGGGGGGUGAAUUUGUCAAUUUGAAGCUUUUUUUUUUUUUUUUUUUUUUUUUUGGUUUUAAUUUUGGGGUUUAAAGUUUUGGGUUUGAAGGGAAAUGGAAAGCGUGGGAAAGUGUAAUUUUGAAAAAGGGAAGAGGGUAUAGAGGGAAAGGUGAAAGAAAAAAGGCUGAAGCGACUGCAGAAAGGUGUAGCCCGCAGCCUAAUGAUGUUCUAAUUAUAUUAUUAAGAUGGAAGGAAAAUGGUAUAUGAAUAUUACUUAUGAUAAUAUAUAGUUUUAGUGGAGUGUAAUAUGGUUUUUAAACCUUAUGUUAUUGUAACUCUUGGGCUUUUGGUUCAAUGGAAUGAACUUUGUUUGCCUUUA